AUGGAAGAACAAGGUGAGGAUCCAGAGGAUAACAGAAGGCCCAAAAGAUCAAGAAGCAAUGAAGAAGAAGAACCUGACUCUAUUUAUGAGAAUAAUGAAAUCUUGAACGUACAAAAUACUGGUAGGAAUAAUUCUGCUAUUGAGUUUGACGACAUGGAGCACGAUCUGAUUGAUGAGAGAGAGAACAACACAAGGGAGAAUCCCCAUGCUAUGGAUGAGGCUACAUUGACUCCAAAUCCAACGACAUUUUUUUUUCUUAAUAUUUUCUUCUUAAUCGUUUUUAUUACUCAGCAAGCUUCUUCUACGGGUUUACACCACAUUAAUUGCAUACCUAGUUAUAAUUCUAGACUUUUUUUCAAUAUGAAAAUCUUAAGCUGGAACAGUCAAGGCUUUUUAGGAAGAGAUACUAGAGACCACCUUCUAUACCUCAACAAUCUGCAUAACCCUGAUAUAAUUUUCAUUUGUGAAACUAAAAUUAAUGAAAAUAGGAUCAUGAGAUUAUCUAAUUUCCUAGGAAUGCCAAAUAAAAUCUUUGUACCAUCAGUUGGUAUAACUGGCGGUCUACUAUAUCUAUGGAAAUAUGGUUUCUCUUUAAAUGUUGUCUAUCAGGAUGAAAAGAUAAUUUAUUCUCGGGUUACUAAUGAUCCUUGCAAAAAGGAAUGGUACCUUACUUGUAUGUAUGGAACACCUUACACUCAUGAAAAGGUAGCUCAAUGGUCUCUCAUUAAAAACCUUAAUAGCACUAUUGUUAAACCUUGGGUUCUUAUUGGUGACUUAAAUGUUACUUUCUCUCCUAGAGACAGAACUUCUAAAGCUAGUAAUACUACACCUAGUGAUAUUCUAGAACUUAUCAAAGACUCUGAUUUAUCUGACUUGGAUUCUAUUGUUAAUCAUCUACAUCAAAAUGGUUCCGAUCACACUCUUGUUUUGUUAGAUCUCACUAAAAACAAUAAAGUUUCUGGUAGAAGUUGGAAAUUUUUUGAGCAUUGGGUUAAACAUAAUAGUUGUAUCGAUCAUAUUAAAUCUGCUUGGUCCUCUACCCGUUCUGGUUCUAAUGCUUUUGUUAUAUCAAACAAGUUAUCUAAUACUAGGCACAUAUUAUCUCUUUGGAGUAAAGACUCUUUUGGUAAUAUCAAUCAAUGUAUAGCACAACUUCAGACAGAACUAAAUACUUUACAAGCUGCAGAUGUAAAUGGAUAUAACACAGAAGCCGUGGUUAACUUAGAAGGUGAACUCAGAAAGCUCAAUGAGAUUCAAGCUAGUUCAAAUAGGCAAAAAUAUAAAGAUCACUUCUUUAAUGAUAUGGAUAUGAAUUCAAGAUAUUUUCAUAUCAGGAUGAAUCGCAGGAGAUCUCGAAAUAGAAUCGAUUCACUGAUGGCACCUGACGGCUCAUGGUGUAGUGACAGAGACUCACUUUCUGGUCUUCUCAAAAAACACUUCCAAGAUAUCAUGAUUACAUCAGAUCCUCCUAGCAGUCAGCACUUUCUAAGGCAUAUUUCUUUGGAAGAUAAUGAAGCUCUGGAAGCCAUCCCUACUGAGCAUGAAAUAUACCAAGCACUCAUGAAAAUGGAGCCAUGGACCUCUCCAGUCCCCGACGGUUUGCCUCCUGGCUUUUAUAUGUCUCAAUUGUCAGUGGUAAAGGAAGAUGUAUGCAACAUGCUUAUUUCCUUAAGGAUGAAGAAGCAUAUAGCGAAGAUCAUCUCUCCUAUGCAAUCUGCAUAUGUACCAGGGAGACUAAUCUCCGAGAAUAUAUGCCUGGUGCAGGAAAUCGUUCAAGCAAUAAAGAAAAAAGAAGGUGUAAGUGGCCAUCUAGCACUCAAGAUGGACAUGUCUAAGGCGUUCGACCGUCUAGAAUGGAGUUUCUUGUUGGAUAUACUGAAGCACUUUGGUUUUUCAGAGGAAUUUCGUCAACUUAUCUCACAAUGCAUCUCUACAACUCAUAUUGAGAUUAAUCUUAUUAAUGGUUCUCCUACAUCUGCUUUCAAUCCUAUAUGUGGUAUGAAAAUUUCACGCUCUGCUCCAAAAAUUAACCAUCUAUUUUUUGCGGAUGAUUGCAUAUUGUUUUGCAAAGCUAAUGAUACUCAGGUGCAUAAUCUUCUUCAAGCGAUUCAUCAGUUCUCUCAAUGUUCAGGACAACUGAUUAAUUUCAAUAAAUCAACGGUUUUCUUCAUCUCAAAUUUUGAUCCUGAGAAUUGUCAGAAUAUCAGUGGUUCUUUACAAGUUAGAUCUCUCAAUAUCUCAGAUGAGAAGUACCUUGGACUGCCAUUCUUUCUGGGUAGGAAAAAACAUAUUCCUUUCUCUAUUCUCUGCGAUAAAAUGGAUCACAGAUUCUCCAACUGGAAUGGAAGUAAUAUGUCAGAAGCUACUAGAUUAGUGAUGAUUAAGAACAUGUCUAACACAAUCCCAAUUCAUCACAUGACAAGUUUUAAACUUCCGGAUGUUAUUAUCAAACAAAUGAGUUCAAAACAACAGAAAUUAUGGAGGAAUAAAAAAUCUUGCAAAGGUAACCACAUCAUCACAUGGAGAAGAACACAGAGGCCAAAAGAAGAGCAAGAACAUGAAACCCCAGCUCAUUUCCUAAUGGAGUGUAACCUAUCAAGGGCAGUUUGGUUCUCCAUCACUGGUUGGAUCUCAACUGGAACUGUCUCUUUCUCAGAUUGGGUAAAGAGCUGGUUUGGUGACCUUCAUGAGAAGAAGAUUGCAACAGAUGAAAUAUGCAGAAGACCUAUCAUUGCAUGGUGUUUAUGGACAAGAAGAUGUGAUAAAGCUUUUCAAAACAUUAACCCUUUCCUUGAAAGAAUCAUCUUGAAAAGUCGCAGCUUCAUCAGUGACCACCUAACUCAAAAAACUGUGACACUUAAUUCUUCCAGUAGAGUUAGUCUAACUGAUGCUCACUGUUCUUCUCCACCAUUGAAUACUGCUACUAUUAAUUGUGAUGGCUCAUUCAUAAAUUCUACUAAGGCUGGGGGUAUUGGAUAA